CGGUGGUGGUGGUGGUGGUGUUGUGCGCAAAAUCUCCAGCGCCGGACGGACGGACGCAGUUUGACGGUACAAACGAGCGGCACUGCGGGGGGAUAUCCGAGAAAAAGCCAUCAGAAGCAGACAUGGAUAUUUAACGAGCAUUUGUAUAUAUAUUUUUUUUAUCUCUUUGUUUUUUUACCCUGUGAUGUUGCUUUUGCCCCGGGGGUGUUAAUUAAACCUGCUCGAUGUCUCUCAUCAGUUUAUAACCGAAACAAAAUGAGGAUUUCUUCUCGCGACUGGUUUCUGUUGAUAUUCUCUGGCUUUUGGGGACUGACAAUGGGAGCUUUCCCGAGCAGCGUUCAGAUCGGCGGGCUGUUCAUCAGAAACACGGAUCAGGAGUACACGGCCUUUCGCUUGGCAAUCUUCCUGCACAACACCAGCCCGAACGCCUCGGAAGCCCCGUUCAACCUGGUGCCUCAUGUGGACAACAUCGAGACGGCCAACAGCUUCGCCGUCACCAACGCCUUUUGCUCCCAGUACUCCCGUGGUGUCUUCGCCAUCUUCGGCCUGUACGACAAGCGCUCGGUCCACACGUUGACAUCCUUCUGCAGCGCCCUGCACAUCUCCCUGAUCACGCCCAGCUUCCCCACCGAGGGCGAGAGCCAGUUCACGCUGCAGCUCCGGCCAUCCAUCCGAGGGGCGCUCCUGUCCCUCCUCGACCACUACGACUGGAACAAGUUCGUCUUCCUGUACGACACCGACCGGGGAUACGCCAUCCUGCAGGCCAUCAUGGAGAAGGCGGGACAGAACAACUGGCAGGUCAGCGCCAUCUGCGUGGAGAACUUCAACGACGCCAACUACCGACGACUGUUGGAGGAUCUGGACCGGAGGCAGGAGAAGAAGUUUGUGAUCGACCUCGAGGCCGAAAGACUGCAGAACAUGCUGGAACAGAUCGUCAGCGUCGGGAAACACGUCAAAGGCUACCAUUACAUCAUGGCCAACCUGGGUUUUAAGGACAUCAACCUGGAGCGCUUCAUGCACGGUGGAGCCAACGUGACGGGCUUCCAGCUGGUCGACUUCAGCAACCCCAUGGUCAUCAAACUGAUGCAGCGCUGGAACAAGCUGGAUCAGAGGGAGUAUCCCGGCUCGGACGCCCCACCCAAGUACACGUCAGCGUUGACAUACGACGGGGUGAUGGUGAUGGCCGAGGCCUUCAGGAACCUGCGCAGGCAGAAGGUGGACAUUUCCAGGCGGGGGAACGCCGGCGACUGUCUCGCAAACCCCGCCGCCCCGUGGAACCAGGGCAUCGACAUGGAGCGCACUCUGAAACAGGUCCGGCUGCAGGGAUUAACAGGUAAUGUCCAGUUUGACCACUAUGGCCGCAGGGUUAACUACACUAUGGACGUGUUUGAGCUGAAGAAUAAUGGACCCAGACGGAUCGGUUACUGGAACGACGCAGACAAACUGGUGCUGAUCCAGGACUCUCCGCUGCUUCCAAAUGACACUUCUGGCAUAGAGAACCGCACAGUUGUAGUUACUACCAUCAUGGAGGGUCCCUAUGUGAUGCUUAAGAAGAACUGGGAGAUGUACGAGGGCAACGACCAGUACGAGGGAUACUGCGUGGACCUGGCCUCGGAGAUCGCCAAACACAUCGGGAUCAAGUACAAGAUCUCCAUCGUUCCCGACGGAAAGUACGGUGCCAGGGACCCAGAGACGAAGAUCUGGAACGGCAUGGUCGGGGAGCUGGUGUACGGGAAAGCGGAAAUCGCUGUGGCCCCUUUGACAAUCACGUUGGUCCGGGAGGAGGUGAUCGAUUUCUCCAAGCCCUUCAUGUCGCUGGGCAUUUCCAUCAUGAUCAAGAAGCCCCAGAAAUCCAAACCGGGGGUGUUCUCCUUCCUGGACCCGUUGGCCUACGAGAUCUGGAUGUGCAUCGUGUUUGCCUAUAUCGGCGUGAGCGUGGUGCUCUUCCUGGUCAGCCGCUUCAGCCCGUACGAAUGGCACACCGAGGAGCCCGAAGAGGGCACCGACGGUCCGCCAAGUGACCAGCCCCCCAAUGAGUUUGGUAUCUUCAACUCCCUCUGGUUCUCCCUGGGCGCUUUCAUGCAGCAGGGCUGUGACAUCUCCCCCAGAUCGUUAUCGGGACGAAUCGUGGGAGGAGUGUGGUGGUUCUUUACUCUCAUCAUCAUCUCGUCCUACACGGCUAACCUGGCUGCCUUCCUCACUGUGGAGAGGAUGGUCUCCCCCAUCGAGAGCGCGGAGGACCUGGCCAAGCAGACCGACAUCGCCUACGGCACUUUGGACUCUGGCUCGACCAAAGAGUUCUUCAGGCGUUCAAAGAUCGCCGUCUACGAGAAGAUGUGGGGAUACAUGAAGUCGGCCGAGCCCACAGUCUUCACCAAGACCACGGCCGAGGGCGUGGCUCGGGUCCGCAAGUCCAAAGGGAAAUACGCCUUCCUCUUGGAGUCCACUAUGAAUGAGUACACAGAGCAGCGCAAGCCGUGCGACACAAUGAAAGUGGGAGGCAACUUGGACUCCAAAGGCUACGGAGUAGCCACACCCAAGGGUUCACAGUUAAGCAUACUCACCCCUCUCACCAAAUAUGUUUUAUCGUUUUCAAGAAGUGCAGUUAACCUGGCAGUGUUAAAACUCAAUGAGCAAGGCCUGUUGGACAAAUUGAAAAACAAGUGGUGGUACGACAAAGGAGAGUGUGGCAGCGGAGGCGGUGGCGAGAAGGACAAGUCGUCCCAGGCCCUCAGCCUGAGCAACGUGGCGGGGGUCUUCUACAUCCUCGUCGGGGGCCUGGGCCUGGCCAUGCUGGUGGCCCUCAUCGAAUUCUGCUACAAGUCACGCAACGAGGCCAAGAGAAUGAAGCUAACAUUUACUGAAGCCAUGAGGAACAAGGCCCGUCUGUCCAUCACGGGCAGCGUUGGGGAGAACGGACGGGUGCUGACGCCCGACUGUCCCAAGGCCGUUCACACCGGGCCUCCCCUCCGCCAGAGCUCCGGCCUCGCCCUGGUCUCCUCUGAGCUCCCGUGAAAACCAAAAACCUCUCAAGUGCCUUAUUCCAAUAACAACAGAAACAAACAUUAAUCGCACCGCCCACGCAACAACCAGAAACUCACCACAAAGAAACAGGAUUCACACACAACGGGUCACCUCCAGUGGGCGAGACGGGACCGCCAGAGGAGCAAACAACAAAUCCCACCGUUGGAGGUUAAGACUUGUUGUGGGCUCGAUGAUUUCACUCUGAAGUUUUUUGUUUUGUUUUUUUACAGUGUGGCCACAUGGAAGCUUUUCUUUUUGAGUCAAAGGGUCAUGGGAAUCCACUGGAGCCGCUCACCCUUUACAACUCCAGUGACGGAAGAGGAACAGCGGGGUAGAAAAUGAAAAAUAUCAUGAUAUAUGAUAAAGAUGAAGACCAGAAAACUGUAAACUUGAAACUCAAAACUGUGCUUUUUUUGUUUUGUUUUUUUUGGAUUGCUGUGAAUUGGCAAAAACUGAACCACAAUCAAGAUUGUUUUCAAACUGAACAGUAUUUGCUACACAGACAUGAAACAGCAUUCAAGAGACAACAAUCUCACUAGAUAUCAACAAGUGACACUGGAGGAAUUGUAGCCCAGUGGCGUGAAGAUGUGACAAAAAAAAAUAUUUGUAUUCAUAAUAACAAAAAUGAAAUCUAUUGAUAUUGAAUAUAUGAGCAAACAUAGAAAGCUGUGAAAAUAAGUAAAUAUGUAUAUUCCAUGAAAAACAAGAUGAAAAAUCUAGCUGUACAUAGGGACGACUGUGUAACAUGCUUGCUUUUUAAACAGAUGUACAUAGCAGAUACUGUAGUGGACAGACAGACAGUUGUUUUUUGUAAAUCAUCUUUAAAGAUUUUAUUCGUCGCAAUAAUGAAAAAGAUGAUGCUGAUGCCACUUGAAGGAGGAGACAUGUGGAAGGCAGUGUUAAAAUUUGUUACAUGUUGAAUACAUAACUGUAUUAUAUAGGAACAUUCAAACUCUUAAAUGUGAAGAGGUAUCAACUGCCCAAAUAUUCUGAUACCUGUUGCAUAACAAAUUAAUAAAUAUAUUCAACAAUGAAUGUUAACUAGCUCCACCCCCAAUCCUUAAACCACAACCCUCACUGUGCAGACCUACACCCAGAGAGUUGCUCACGAGUAGAGCUUUAUAAAUCAAGUUUCUGCAGUCAGAAUAUAACUAUUUUUUUCAUUCUUUGAUCUAUUUUUUGUACUGAGAAAUUAAAAAGAAACUGUCUGUCUCCUGGUUUUAAAUUUCGACAGUCAAGUACUAUCUGGGUAGAUCUUUUAGACCAUUACAUGUGUGGAGACAUGAGUCGAGAGACGACGAUGAUGAUGAUUGGGGGGGGUUGAAAAAUGUUAUUUCUCAUUUCUCACUAUAUGUUUAUUUGAAGUGUCUAUAAUAUUUCCAGUAAGACGUCAAACCUGAGCUGAUGAAGCCACUGUUUGUAUGUUGAACAAUGAGUUAGAGCCCUUCCUUAUUGAAAACACUGUGGAUCCUCCGGGGAGGCUGGACACACUGUAGCAGAAAUGUAUUUGCUCCGGUCUCACUGACAGAAGUGUCCUCUUCAGUGUCUCUUUUGGGAAACAGACGGACAAUCUGCAAUAGGACACAAGACGCCGCAUCUUCAGCAACACCAGCCGACGAUGGUGCUGGUUCAAAUGUAUCGUUUAUUCCCAGUUCUCAUCCAGUUCGUUCCCUCACACGUAGCGGCUGGUCAGGGAAGUCUGCAGCAGAGAAAACCAGCUGAUAUAUUUCAGGUCAUGCUUUUUCGUCCUGCCAUCCGUCUUUAGAGCUGAAGUGUAAUAUGGCGUCUUAUUUUGGUUCAAUUGUACAACUUUAUUUUGAUCUUUUUUAAGUAAAAACAAAUUUCAAAUUGCA